AUGCCUGUCACAGUUGCGCAGAUUCUCGCGCCUUAUGUGUACAAACCGGAGCAGGUGCAGCAUGUAGCCUUACGAACGGUACAACCUCCUAUCACCAUAAUUGAGCCCAAGCUAGAAUGGCCGCAACGGUUCGAAGAAGUCAAAGAGCGGAUUCAAAAAUCACUUGGGACCUUGGUCUUAGACAUCGCUCAUUCCGGUUCCACCAGCGUUCCUGGCCUACCAGCCAAAGACAUCAUUGAUGUUGAUCUCACCCUAAAAGAUGCCACGGAUGAAGCAUCCUAUGUGAAGCCUCUAGAAGAGGCUGGUUUUCGGUUCCUCAUACGCGAGCCGGAAUGGCAUCAGCACCGGUUCUUUGUGGAAAAUUGGCCAAAAGCUUACCACGUCAAUCUCCAUGUGUGGGGUCCCGACUCGCCUGAGGUUAUCCGACACCGUAUCUUUCGUGACUGGCUACUUAAAACGCCAGCGGAUCUAGAGCUCUAUGCCAAAAUCAAACGCGAAGCGGCUCAACAGACGGCUGUAGCCGGAGAUUCGAUGGUGGACUAUAACCAACGGAAGGAUAAGACGAUCCAUGAGAUUUUAGAAAGAGCAUUCCGUGAUUUGGGGUAUAUUGAAUCAGGCAUUUGA